UCCCCACCGUCGCUGCCAAGCCUUCAUGACGCGCCGCCAAGCCUCCAAAACACCGCGCCAAGCCUCCAAGACCCGCCGCUAAGCCUCCAUACAUUCCCGCUACCCCCUCUCGAUACGUACUACGACACGCCAGAGCACGGAAUCACCACGAUCAAUGCUUUAGGGCGUCAAUAUGGCUAUGCAGUCUCAAUUCUCCGCUCAAAACGUACUAAGAAAGGGGUCAUGAAGACCGUCCGACUAUGUUGUGACAGAGGUCGUCCGAUAAGAAAGCGACCUGAUAGACCUCCGGAGCGCCAGACUACGACACUUGCCAAUAACUGUCCCUUCAGUAUAGCGCUUCGGCUAAGUCUCGAGACGGGUAGGUGGUCUAUUACGGUGGAGGAUUCGACACAUAACCAUGGUCCGUCACCUCUGUCAACCCACCCAAUUCAGCGAAGCAUUGAGCUUUCUACGGUAUUAGAUAGCGUCAAAAAGCAGCUUGAGCAGGGCCUUCCUACCCGUCAGGAUAUCUACAACUUCCGGAAGAAGCUUCAUGCUGAAUUCCUUGCCGGCCGUACUCCGCUUCAAGCUCUAUUGAUAGAGCUUCUAAAGGACGGCGAAUGGAUCUUCAAGUAUGAAGUUGACGAUAAGAAUCAUGUUAUAGCCCUCUUCUGUAUGCAUAAGACGAGUAUAGUAUUACUUAAGACAAAUUCAUGGGUUAUUUCAAUGGAUUGCACCUACAAAACUAACCGGUACGGCCUUCCAAUGCUCGAUAUCGUCGGCUUCACUGCUACGGGCUUAACCUUUUACGUCGGCUUCGCCUUCAUAAAAGACGAGAAGGAUGAUAGCUACGAAGUCAUUUUAAGCUGUCUUGCAGAGGCUUACGAAGCUCUCGGCCUUCAAGCACCCCAGACCAUCCUUACCGAUAAGGAGCAGGCGCUAAUGAAUGCUGUGAAGGUUGUCUUCCCUUCUACAAAGCAUAUGAUCUGUCUAUGGCAUAUCAACAUAAAUAUCUUAAAGAAAGCGCGUCCGCUACUUGCUGAGCAGCUCGCAAAAGCUCGGCAAGAGACUGAAGCUUUAGCAAAUAUAUCCGCUUCCUUAGCUUCCUCACAGCGUCGGACGAAGGCAGAGAGAGACCGAGAGCUUCGAGAAAUGGUCGAUAAAGCGUGGAAGAUGAUGCUAAAGCGGUGGAUUCGUGUCGUCUACGCUGUCACUACGGAAGAGAGAUAG